GCGCGGUGGCCACUGGCGGCGGCAGCAUGGAGGGCACGGGCAGCUCCUGGAGGCCGCCGCGCUCGUGCGAGGAUUACUGGGGGGAGUGGAAGCAUUGCCGCGGGCUGCGCCACGCCUUCCACCACUACUACGCGCACGGGGAGCUGCCGGAGUGCGGCCGCUGGCGGGAGGACUACGAGGCCUGCCGAGCCUGGGAGAGGGACCGCUCCCCCGCCGCGCAGGAAGCUUUGUGCAAGAGUGAAAGAGCUCGAGUUAUGGAAAAACAGAAAUAUGCUCCAGUGUGGAAGCUCAGGAAGAGCCCGCCAUCUGACUGGUAUCUACCACUUGACCACGACAAAUCAAAUUAACAAGACUGUUUUCUGUGUUUGGUCAGUAACAUAAUACACAAUUCAGAAUUAUGCAAUUUUUUUCCCUUCUGCAUCAUCUUGAAGUUAUUCAACUGUACCUCUGCCCUACAAUACUUUAGCACUCACUCAAAAAUUCUGAAAUUUUAUUUAAACACUGAAUAUUUUUAAAAGGAGAUUUGAGGUGCUUAAUUUGGUUGUGGUCUUUUACUGUUGAUUUACAUAGCAAGAUUUCAUUUCAGCGGGCACUUUUCCAUUAAUGCAUACAUGCUCUAGCUAUGAGGGCCUCUUGCCCUACCAGCUGGCAUUGAGCACUUCUGGAACAAGGUACCCACCCCAGACCUGCCAAAUGGGGAAAAAAAACCAACUAGCUAGGACUCUUCCUUGCUGGCUCAGGACAAUCCCAAAUACUGGCAUUUAGAGGACAUUUCUCAGAAUCAGGGUUGUGGUGGUUGAAGAGCUUCUCACCUGUGGGCUGCACACCCUGGAACUGCUCUCCAGUGGUGCUGUGUGCUGUGGGACUACUCAGAACUACUCAAAAAUAAAGGUUUAAACGAA